UAAUAAUUGAUUCAAAAUUACCUAUAAUUUUAUUUUACCGUUUCGAAAAUUCCGCUACAUUUUUUCAAACCGUGCUUAAGCAACAUUUGUACAGUCAAUAAGUCUAUUGAUACCGAUUUAAAGACGACCACUGAUAUCUUUACCAUCAUGAAAAAUACUCAUAACGCAGCUGAACAAAGCGAAAAGCAAGCUCAAACAAAAACACUCCCGAAUUACUGGAAUGAUUCUGUAGAAGCUGAAAGAGAAAGCAAUUUAAUGAAACAAUUCCCACGUUUUAUGAUCAUGCCUCAAACAACGCAACUUCGAGCUAUGAUGACAAUCAUUAGAAAUAAAGAAACCCCUAAAGAAGAGUUUGUAUUCUAUGCUGAUCGAAUUAUUCGACUUCUUAUUGAAAAAUCCUUGAAUGAACUCCCUUUUCAACCUACAAGUGUCAUAACAAAUACGGGAGAAAAAUAUUUUGGAGCCCGUUUUAGCCAAAAAAUUUGUGGUGUUUCAAUUGUUCGCGCUGGAGAGUCUAUGGAGGCUGGAUUGAGAUCAGUUUGUCGCGGGUGUCGUAUCGGUAAAAUUUUAAUUCAAAGAGAUGAGACAACUGCUGAGCCGCAUUUGUACUACACUAAACUUCCUCAAGAUAUUCAUGAUCGCUUCGUUCUCCUUUUAGACCCCAUGUUAGCUACUGGUGGGAGUGCUAACAAAGCAAUCGAAGUUUUGCUUUCUAAAGGGGUCAAAGACGAUAAAAUCGUUUUUGUCAAUUUAAUAGCUUGCCCUGAAGGUGUUAAAGCGUUACAAACAAAGUAUCCGUCUGUGAAAAUUGUCACUGCAGCACUUGACGAAAAACUUAACGAAAACUAUUUUAUUUUACCAGGCAUUGGUGACUUUGGGGAUAGAUAUUUCGGUACCACCGAAUAAUCUUUUAAGGGAUUUGUAAUGUUAUAUGAAAAAGCAUUAUAUUAUCAUCAAUAGCUAUCUUUUUCAAUAACUGUCAAUAUUUUUCUGUGCAUUAUUUUAUUUUUUCUUUAAAUACUAUUAUUUUGUUGUGUAAAAAUUUGCGACAUAGGCGAAUAUUUACAAACUAAUACUAUGUUGGAUUAACCAAUUAAAAUUAGUAUUUUUA